UAAUAGAAGCGUAAGACUCAGCGCGGCGCAGACGGUGGUGGCGAGCAGAGCGAGUUGUGGUGAUUGAUAACAGUACGGUGGAGUUGUUGGUCGUUGCAGGAAGAUCGCGUGCUAUCAACAGGUAGUCAGGGUGCAGUGAUAGGGAAGAAAACGUUAUGGAAGGAAAGCGAUGGAACCUGCGUUUGCUGCGAUCCGGAUGCCCAGGACUGGACAAGUUUAGCACGCCCGCCCUGUCAAUAACCUGUGUAUCUUUUAUUGCAACGCAAGCUUAUCAAGGUGUACCGAUCACGAGUGAAAGAUCGGCAAUGUGUUCAAGGGCCAUUCUCGCGCUGAUUUCUGAAGAAGUAACAAGAGAAAUUGGUACAAAGAGGUGAAGUUGUUAUUACUUGCCAAGAGCAGUGCUUGUGUAGAUUGAAGGGUCGCAAUCAUCAAAUCAGAUUAUUUUGGUUGCAUUUGAGUGAUAGCUGCAUAAACACACGUGUACAACAACAAAAUCAACAAAACCCCCGUUAACUGACAAAGACCAAGAUUCACUAAGCGCAGUUUGUGCAUGAUUGUAAGCGAGCAUUAACAAAAAAAAAACACUUACAGGAAGGGAAAGAACGCAUCCACUGAAAAUGCAGUCCGCUCGGAUUGCAUCGCUGCUGCCAGUGUUGCUGCUACUGCUGCUGGCAGCCCUGGCCGAUGGAUGGCCGUACCCGCGACCCCUGCCACAGAACCUACGCCGACUGCCGAGGCGGAACGACUUCGUUGCCUACAAUUUGCACCGCGUCAUACGCCCGCGGGACGUUAACGAUCUGGACGUCGACCAGGCACGAAAGGCCAUGCACGACGUGCACGAAACGAUCGCCGAAGUGCAACGACUUUUGGCCCUCGAUCCUUCGCUUCCCAGGCUAACAAGGGGAGAAAUCGAGGAACUGUUUGAAAAUGUGACACGAGAAGAGUUUGCCAAAUCGCUCCGCGCCGGCGACCAUAAUCGGGCCCAGCACAUGCGUGCCCUUAUGCUGGUGCUACCCUACCACACCAACAAUAUGUCGCCGGAAAAUAUGCAAAAGAUUUACACCCGGCCACCGGUGACGCGCAUCGUUGGGGCUGCUUCCUCGGACAUGAAAACGGGCGCCACCGAUACGUUCCCGGUGACGCCGGCAAGGUCUGUAGCGACCACCACCACGACGGCACCAACGGUCCCACCGCGUAUCACCACGACCGCUGCCAUCCCGGUAACGACGAUCCGAUUUACAACUCCUCGUCCAACCACCUUCCAUCCGACACUCCCGGAGCGAAUGCGUGAUGCCUCCUUCCGGAAGGAGAAUGUGAACGAUCUUCUUGCAUCGAUCGGACUUACCCAAAGCUCGGAGGAACUUUCGACGCCGCCAACGUUCCGUCCAUUGCCCGCCACGAUGACGACGAUACCGCCUUCACUUCCAGCCGUACCGGCAACCGCUGACGACACGCUGAACAAUGCGAUCAAUGUGGACGAUCCGAAGGUGGCCCAGGAGCUGAAAGAGCUGCUGCGUUCGUUCGGUUUGCUAAAGGAAGCGGACAGCGAUGCCAGUGCGAAUAGUCCACAGCCACACGCGGAACGUCUGGUGGACAUUCAGCCAUCGGCGCUGGUACUGCACGAACCGUUGAAGGUGGAAGAAUCUACACCUUUUACGGUCGAGGAAUCGAAACAACCCGCUAUUGAGAUUAAAACGGGUGGACUAACCCAGGCGAACGUAAAGCCAGAUGACUAUGUCGCUUUUAAGCCUCUAUCGAUCGGAUCUUCCACGGACGAUGGUGACGAUGCUAAGCCAAUAGACGAAGAGCUGGACGCACUGCUCAAGUCUUUUGGUCUGCUGGGCCCGGGCGCUCGUAACAAAAAGUCAAUGCAUCCGGAACCGACACAAAAACCACCGAUGGUAAUGAACUCCGUCCCGUCCAUCGAUGCCGACCUGGUUGCACCCCAGCUAAUGUCCGUGCUGGACACGCUAGGCAUACAGAUGAAGCCCUCCGGUGGCAUACCGGCAUCGGCGGGAACGACCACCCCAGCACCAUUGGUUCGGCGGCGUGAGAAAACACCGCGCAAACUGGACCCACCCGCCGACCAAACGCCAUCGGCCGCCAAUUUGCGUGUCAGCAACGAAGACUACCGCAAGCUGGAGCAGCUGUGGCAGACGGUGAAGCAGCUCGAGCAGCUAAAUGCAACGCUGACGGACGAUUCGCUCGACGUGCUCAACCCGAAGCACUACGAUCUCAGCCCGUCGCUGCUUGCCCAGGGUCCGGAUCCGCUGCUCGAAGGGUUGGACGCGCGGGAACGGUUGAACGAGAUCAAGAAGCGUCAGGAACCGGCCACCACCAGUACGGUUACCGCAGAGGUACAAGCGAAGGACGAUGAAGCAUCGGUCACGGAAAGCGACAGUCCUACCCGGUUUAGCUUGCAGCUUAACACGAACGCAGGUGGUAACGACGACACCGAACAGGUGGUGCAGCCAACGGCGACAACGGAAGCCACAGAGGUGGUAGACACGACUACAACGAACGAGCCCACUACCACGACCAGCACCAGCACGACGACGGAAAGUGCACGCAGUGCUGCCCUGGAGGAUUCGUUCCCCUCGUCCGAUCUGGCCGGUGAUCCCGUGAAUGAGGAACCACUGCCGCCUCCGCGCCGCAAUGGAUUCUACUUCCUGUACGACUGGAACACGUUCCUGGAGGUGGGCGAAGAGCCGAACAAGGUUAUCAUUCGGUACAACCCACGGGCGGGAGAUCCUAGCCGCUUCCUACCGGUCACCGUACCGUAGAAAGGGAGGGGUUCCGGUGAACGUUCCGGACUGCAUCGAAAGCCCGGGGUUGUAAAAACGCGUAAAAGUAAACGGCUGGAGAAGGAUGCAAAUAGCUCUUCCUCCGAGGGGUUUCCGCAAGCAAGCGUGUGUACAUAGUAUAGAUCCCUUCCUUGUGUGUACGUUUAGUAGAGAUGAGUUGUAGGAACUAAAUUAACACGUUUUAUUUAUUAUUCUUCUUUCCGCGAACGGACGGAAAGGAGGGUGGCUUCAGGUACUAGUUAAGAAGUUAAGAAGGCAGAUUUCGCAUUGCACAGCAGCAGCGGCGGCGGUGGGUAUGACCAAUAACUAGGCUUUACGGAUACGGGACAAUAGAAGAAGGAGUUGGAGUAGUAUAUCUCCCCGUCGAGAUGUAAAGAGGGCAAGGACAGGCGAUUUUAAUGCCCUCUUACUUAUCGUGCACUCUAACGAUCCUCGUUUUUUGUAUAGAAACACACCGAUCUAGUUUGAAUUAGGGAAAAUAAAGAUAAUAAAUUUAA